CAACAAAAAAGCUUGUUCCUAAUGUUAAUAUUAAGUUUACAGAAUCUAGCAUAAACUUUUCAAGCAUGGAUUUAUUGCACAUUGCACUCAUUUCUGUUUAUUUUGAUAAAGAAAGUUUUGAAAAAUAU